AUUUCACCUACAGUACUCUGUAAUAACGUGUUUUCUUGGCUUCAGCAAGUGGUCGCGCGCCGAUGCCAUCGUUUCCUAAAGGAAUUUAUUAUUACGCAUUUCGUAUUUUGCUCCUUGAAUAACAAUAAAAUAUCUUGGUAUCACGUUGCACCGGGCAGAUUCGCGACGGUCUCGUAUUGAGCGCGCAGUAUCGUUUACAUGCGGUUCUAAAAAUGUGUUGGGACGCAUGAGGAGCGUCGGGAUAGUUCGGGAGUCGGUCGCGGGCUCCUGCUAUAAAUGGAACGCGUGUCGGUGGAUUGUUGUCCUCGGGGCGGGUGGUCCGCGAGCUCGCGUCCCUGCGUUAUGUAACGGCCCUUAGCGUCGCGUCGCAGGCCGCACGCCGCACGUGCAAUGCACGCGGCGCUUCCACGUCGGACACGACGCAGCGAGCACGCGGUCGCGCUGCGCGCACCCCUGUCUCCUAGCAACGCUGUUGACGGUGGUGCUCCCAUAAGAAAAUCACCAAGCUUGUUGUUAUAUCACCACCCCUACGGUUCCGUGUAAAACGCGCGUUGCUAAGGAGUGGAAAUCAUAACAAAAUUAGCUGCCCUAUGGUCAGUUUAAUAUUUAAUUCAGUGGACUUUGAUUCGUGCUAUUUUGCCUGUUAAGAAGCAAUGGCGCCAAUGCGUGGCGAGCGCGGAGGCUCGCCGGCUCGCGCUGCCCGCGCCUCUCUGCCCCUACCUCGCCGCCUAAUCAGACAGAUCGCACGCCAUGUGGCGUCUAGCGGGCGAAGUCUGCGCCGUCUUGAAGUCUCUGGGAGGGUCAUAGACAAUUUUGACGACAUUGAAGACGCGAGUGACAGUGAUCAUGAAGUUAACCAGCCUGCAGUCGCGUGCGGCGGUAACGCCGGCAACCUGCCCCCCGCAGACCACGACGACGACCUCACAAGCCUGAGCUGGCUGCAAGACAGGAAUCUGCUGAGGGGUAUAAAUCUAACCAAAGGCGACGUCGAAGACAUAAAAUCAAGUCAAAUGAUUGGAAGCCAGGUCAUAAUAAAAACGGAAUCGUUGACGCCCCCGCCCCUGGCGGGGCGCGCGUCGCCCCCGCGCACGCCCGUGAAGGCGCCGCCGUCGCCGCCGGCGGGCGCGAGUCCCGGGGCGAGUCCCGCGCACGCGCACGCGCUCGCGCUCGCGCACGCGCACGCGCACAGCAAGCCGCCCUACUCCUUCUCCUGCCUCAUCUUCAUGGCCAUCGAGGCCGCGCCGGCGCGCGCGCUGCCCGUCAAGGAGAUCUACGCGUGGAUCGUGCGCCACUUCCCCUACUUCCGCCACGCGCCGCAGGGCUGGAAGAACAGCGUGCGGCAUAACCUGUCGCUCAACAAGUGCUUCCACAAGGUGGCUGCCGCUCCAGGUCUCGGCAAAGGCUCCCUAUGGACGGUCGACCCUCAGCAUCGGUCUACAUUAUUACAGGCGUUCGGGCGGCAGCCGAUCCCGGCGCCGUCGGAGCCGGAGUCGCCGCCGCCGCCCUCGGCCGCCGCCGCCGCCGCCGCCAAGAACUCGCCCGACCCCGCGCUGUUCCCCUUCCUGGCGCGCCGGCUGCGGCCCGAGCCCGCGCCCGGCCCCGGCCCCGGCCCCGGCCCCGGCCCCGGCCCCGGCCCCGGCCCCGGCCCCGGCCCCGGCCCCGGCCCCGGCCCCGGCGCCGACGAGUACCGCGCCGCCGCCACCGUGCUCGCCAUGAAGUACGGGCCCGCCGUGCUCGACCAGCUGCCGCCGGCGGCGCACCACCUGGUGAUCUCCCGCUGCGCGCGCGACGAGCACUCGUACUCGGGCGGCUUCGAGGAGCGGCGCACGGCCGAGGCGCUGCUCAACCUGGCCGGCGUGUGCCCCGAGCCCGCCAGCUAGCAACGGCGCCUCUGCAGAAAUGUGCGACCGAUAUGUUCGAGCGAUACGUUGCCGCCAUCACUAUUUUGAUUGCACGGUACUGUACCGAGCCUUUUUUGUGACGUUUAAUUUUGAACUAAACACAUUGGACUCAGACUCCGGGUAUCAAAACUGGCAGCUAUUUUGUUCGAUCUAUUUGAAAGAUCAAAUGAAAUCUUAUAUGUGUAAGUGUAUGAAACACUACUUCAUAUGAAGUAUAUAAACUAAAGCGGUUAUUAAGUAUAGUUAAUUUAUAAUUUAAUUUAAAGGUAGAGCAUGUGGCUGUUACAGUGUUAAAACAAUCUAAUUAUGUUACUGCUCAAUCGCUUCUAGCAAUAGUUGGAAACUAAUGAUAGAUUAAAGUUUCUCAAAGAAAAGUUGCGCUAGGGCCAAGCUCAGAUGACGGCGACCAAAUUGUUGGGUUCGUAGAACUAUAUUGUUUAAAUUAAUAGCUACGUCUACCUUGACGGUUAUAGGGCCCGUUUUAUCUAAAGGGUAUACUACAUUUUUGUGAUGUUUUCCCAUUAUUUUUAAUUAAAAUUUUAACGAAAUUCUAACCAUUGCUGCUUGCUGUCACGUCAAUAAAAGAAUAGUUUCAUUAACGAUAUGUCCUCGUAUCCAUAUACGUCAAUAGCGGCGAAAAGGUAGGUUGACAACGCACUUGCAAAUCCUCUGGGGUUGCGGGUGUUCAUACACUGCUAUCAUCAUAAUAAAAUGUAACUAAAAUAUGACACAAAACGUAUUUAUAAUUAUUUUUUUUAACAAAAAGAGCCUUAAAUUAUUUUUUUUACAACUGGUGUUGACACUGUUGACCCUGCCUGCUACGCAGUGGUCCCGGGUUCGAAUCCCGGCAAGGGCACUUAUUUGUGUGAUGAGCACAGAUAUUUGUUUCUGAGUCGGUCAGUAUUUUCUGUGUAUUUAAGUAGUUGUAUAUUAUACAUAUAUGUAUAGCUCACUGUAAUGCCAUGUUAACGUAUUGACAAAUAGCGUUGUCUGAGUACCUGUCAACUCAGACUCAGUCAAUCU